AUGGCUAUUGAUCACAUGGUCCUCAUGGUCCCUGCCGACAAGUACCAGGAGACGCUCAAGUUCUACACCGAGGUGCUCAAGACGCUCGACUACGAGCUCCGCCACUCGGUCGGCGACGUCGUCGCCGGACUCGGUCUCAAGUCGGGCCCCACCGGCGCCGCCGAUCUGUGGCUCGCCGCCAGCGACGCUCCCAUUGAGCUGCACGUUGCUUUCCGUGCCGAUAACCGUGGCGUUGUUGACGCCUUCCACGCCGCUGGUCUUGCUGCCGGUGGUUCUGACAAUGGUGCCCCGGGCCUCCGUCCCCAGUACCACCCGGACUACUACGCCGCUUACAUCACGGACCCGGUCGGCAACAACAUUGAGGCCGUCCACCACCACGCUCCUUAG